AUGACAAUAAUAGCACCAGUUAAUUCUCAACAACCUAUGGUAUCUAAAGCCUCUUUCACUCCUUUUAGUAUCAUCUCUAGACACAGAAAGUUAUUAUCAUUAAUAGCAGGAUGGUACUUUUGUUCAAUUUCUUUAUCAUUAUAUAAUAAGUGGAUGUUUGAUCCGGAAAAAGGGUUGAAAUUACCGUAUCCUAUUUUUAUUACUAGUAUCCAUCAAUUUUUAUUAUGGGGGUUUAGUUGGCUGUAUAUUAAUGUAUGGUAUAAUAAAAAGUACAGAAAUAGAAAUUCAGUCAAUAGUUUUGCAUUAAGGAACAAUAAUUUAGAUGCUAAUAUGAGUAUUAAAGGUAAUAACAGAUUUACCAAUGUUACCAAUUAUUCUAAUAGUAAUAAUACUGCCACUACCAGCAACAAUAACAAUAACAAUAACAAUAGCAAUAACAAUAACAACAACGUUGGUAAUAAUGAAAUGAACAACCCGCAGAGCAUACAAACCACAAUCAUUAAAGUUGAAAAAGAGGAUAAAGAAGCAUUACAGAAAGACACCAAUGCUAAUAAAAGUGCUAUUACAGAAGAGAUACUUGAAGACGAAGAAUCACCGUAUAUGGCACAAGAAGAUGAUCGUCAUAUUGUUACUAGUAAUAUAACAUGGGGCCAUUAUUUUAAAUACCUUGUACCUACAGCACUUGCUAGCGCAGGAGACAUAGGUUUUGGUAAUUUAAGUUUUAAAUAUGUUCCUUUAACCAUCUAUACUAUUGUUAAGAGUAGCUCUAUUGCCUUUGUAUUAAUCAUAGGUUGUUUAACUGGGGUGGAAAAAUUUCACUGGAAAUUAGGUACUGUUGUACUUCUAAUGUUUCUAGGGGUUGUAUUAAUGGCUUUUAAACCUGAUAAUCUGACAGACACUAAUGAUGGAUUUACGAUUGGUGUUUUCUUAGUUUUAUUAAGUUCUAUGUUGAGUGGUUUAAGGUGGGUCUAUACACAAAUCAUUUUGAAAAAAAGAGAUGCAUUAAAGGCCGUUUCUUUUUCUUCUUCUUCUUCUUCUUCUCCCUCUUCUUCUUCUUCUUCCUCCACUACUAAUACUACUGCCACCAAGAUUACUAAAAGAGAUAAGAAGGAAAACCCCAUUUUCACAAUAUACAGAUUAGCACCUAUAAUGGGUGGAACAUUAAUAAUUACAUCUUUAUUAUUUGAAACACCUGAUUUCCACAAAAUAUGUGAAAUAUUGUUUACAUUAAAUACUGGGAAGUUGACUUUAAGGCAUUUUAUUAAAGGUUGUAUAAUGUUGGCGUUCCCUGGAAUCCAAGUAUUUUUUAUGACAAUUUGUGAGUUUGGAAUAUUACAAAUUGCUUAUGUUUUAACAUUGAGUAUCGCGGGUAUUUUGAAAGAACUACUAACUAUAUUAAUAUCGAUGAUUUUGUUAGAUGAACACUUAAACGGUUUAUACAAUUGGUUAGGAAUGUUUAUUGUACUCGGGGAUUUAUGUUAUUAUAAUUGGUAUAGAUAUACAGAGACUAAAAACACUGUUGAUACCAUUAAUAGCAGUGACAAUGAUGAUGAUGGUAAUUAUGAAAUAUAUAAUGAACCGUUAUAUAAUGAGGAGGUUGAAUUAAUUUCAUCAGCGCGGGGAAUAGCGAUGAAUAACACAAGAGAGGUCUUUAUGGAUGAUGGGGGUGUCUAA